ACUUCUAUUAAUUUUUCUUCUAGUUCGGAUAGACAAAAAUACCAGAUAAAUCACGCCGUUGAAGAGAUGUUCAUGGUGAAAAAUAUUAGGCACAUUUAGAAAUAUCAAUAGAAUGUGCGAGAAUCACUUCCAUAGGAAUAGUUGUCUCCAACGAAAAGAAACCCACCAAGACAUCUAUCUUAAUGUAAAUGGUCGUGAUUAUAAAUCUUGAACCAUCUUCGUAUUGCCUGCAUUCAACUUCGAAGUUGUGUUGUCUUCUUUUCAAAAAAAUAUCCCAUUACCAACACGAACUGUUGGGGAAUUCUGGCGUCUGUUUCUGGGAAAGUUUGACGCUUUGUACUACGUGCGCUGUCCAUUUUGUAUUUGUACGGUGUUUAAUUAAUGAUGGCCCACUAUUUUAUUUUUUAUGGCGUGCUCGUGGAAGCAAACUAAGUUGAAUUUUCUUAUUUUCUAUCGUUGGUUUCGUCUCCAAAUUGCUACUCAUUUUAACACAUGAGCAUAUACUUUCUUCUUCUGUUAUUUUCGCUUGAUAAUCAAUGGAUUCUGAGAUGGCAGGGGUUUCUCCAACUUCAACUUUCAGUUUCUCCCUUCGUGAUUUCUCUGAUUCUUUCUUCUUGAUUGCCUCACAAUCGGAAAGGGUUUUGAGUUCUGGGCUGGAAAUGUACAUGGUGGAGAGCAAGGUUGGAGCCAUACUGUGUAUGCUGUUGGCCCUUUUCUUCUUGGGGACAUGGCCUGCUAUUAUGACUCUUUUAGAAAGGCGAGGUCGUCUUCCUCAGCACACUUACCUUGACUACUCAAUCACCAAUCUCUUGGCUGCUGUACUCAUUGCUUUCACUUUUGGUGAGAUGGGCAAGAGCACCCCUGAUAACCCAAAUUUCAUUGAUCAACUUUAUCAGGAUAACUGGCCCUCUGUUCUGUUUGCUAUGGCGGGUGGUGUAGUACUUAGCAUUGGGAAUUUGUCCGCGCAAUAUGCUUGGGCGUUGGUCGGUUUAUCAGUUGUGGAAGUGGUAUCAUCAAGCAUAAAUGUUGUCAUAGGCACAACUUUGAAUUACUUCUUGGAUGACAGAAUCAAUAGAGCUCAGAUUCUUUUCCCAGGAGUUGGUUGCUUUCUCAUUGCAGUUUGUCUUGGUUCAGCUGUGCAUUCAUCUAACAUUGCGGAUGAUGAAGCCAAGCUCAGCAAUUUGUCCAACAAUCACAAAGAUGGAACUAUAUUAAUUAACACUUCCUCUGGGAAAGAAAUAAAUGAAGAAUCUGUAGUCAAAUCAAAGGAUCUCGAGAGUGGAGGAGUUGGUUCUGCGGACAAGGCGAAAGCAGGGACAGCAGCUUUUCUUAUAGAGCUUGAGAAGAAAAGGGCUAUAAAGGUAUUUGGGCAAAGUACUUUCAUUGGAUUGGCCAUAACUUUCUUUGCUGGAGUUUGCUUCUCUUUAUUCUCACCAGCGUUUAACUUGGCAACAAAUGACCAGUGGCAUGCUUUAAAGGAAGGUGUUCCUCACUUGACUGUUUAUACUUCCUUCUUCUACUUCUCUGUGUCCAGUUUUGUUAUUGCCGUCGUUCUAAACAUCACCUUCCUUUACCAACCUAUCUUAAACUUGCCCAAGUCAUCUUUCAAGGCUUAUUUGGUAGACUGGGAUGGCAGAGGCUGGGGCCUUUUGGCUGGUCUCCUUUGUGGGCUUGGGAAUGGUCUCCAAUUCAUGGGUGGUCAAGCUGCUGGAUAUGCAGCAGCAGAUUCUGUCCAGGCACUUCCACUAGUGAGCACCUUUUGGGGCAUUGUUUUGUUUGGUGAGUUUCGGAAAUCAUCUGGAAGAACAUAUAUACUGCUUGGGAGCAUGUUGUUUAUGUUUAUUGUGGCUGUUGUUGUACUCAUGGCAUCAUCGGGCCAAAGGAAUUGGAAAUGAUCAAUUAGCGACACAGAAAUUGGUUGUAAAUAAAUGAUAGUUGCAGAAAUGAUUGAUUCAGCAGACAGCAGUAAUCAAAGGAUAUGGAGGCAUGCGCCUCCCAAUAGGUUCCUUCCAAGAUGGACUUGUACAUAAGCACCAUAGUUUUAGAUUACAAUAUAUAGAUGUUCUUGGCCCAUAAAAGACCAAAAAAUUAAUUCUGCAAUAUAUGUUCUGUGACAAGAAUGAAGAUUUCCGUGUUCGUUGGCGUCGUUGAGUAAACAACGAAGUGUAUAAAAAGCAGGAACAUUGCAACUAUCAUGCCAGGAACGGAUUUGAAAUCCUUUUAUUGAUUAAUCCCCACCUGGCAAUUGAUGAAGGAUUUCUCUACGCUGAUUUUUUCUUGUCUUUUCUUUCAUUUUGUUGUUUGUACUUUGUACUUGAGUAUUAUUGAUUAAUAAGAUUUCAGUUUCCAUUGGGAAAAAAAAAAAAAACAAAACUUCAUGUUGUUUCCGGCGUUCAUGUUAGCAACGCAGUGUAAAAUGAUUUGCCUUUAA